AUGGCUGCUGCUGGUUUCAAACGACAGAAAACCUGCCCCGAUAUGGCUGAGAAAAAUUGUGCAGAGCUUCCAACGGAGCUCCUCGGGCUGAUCCUCCAGAAGUUGACCUUGCCGGAUCACAUUAGAUUGAGUUGUGUUUGCAAGUCAUGGAACCAAGCCGUUAGGGAGAAAGCAUGGCGCCACAAGCCUGAUUCCCCGUGGCUCAUGCUACCCGGCGAAGAAGAUAUUAGUGCUAAAUUCUUGAGCUUCUCUGAAAAUCGAACCUACAGCAUCCCUCUCCCUCUUCCAGAGAUACGAAGACGUGUGUGCAUCGGAUCUUCCCAUGGUUGGCUCAUAACUGUCUAUGAUAUGUCAGAGAUGCAUCUUUUGAAUCCGGUAACUGGAGUGCAAAUCCAGCUCCCCUCUAUCACCACUCUACCCUAUGUCUGCGACUACGCAGAGGUUGACCGUCCCUUAUUUCUCUACAAGGCAAACCUGUCCUUGCCUCCUCAUGCUGAUGGUAGCGGUGGCUUCACAGUUAUUCUUCUCCACAACCCUUUUAGGCUGUAUGACGAGGAUUACGAUGAUUUUAGUAACAUGGCAAUCGCGAAAGUUGGAGAUAAUAGCUGGACUUCAUUGCCACGAACAUCUCAUGGCAGUAUCGCGGAUAUCAUACCCCACAAAGGACAACUGUAUGGUGUGGAUGUAGGAGGGGUACUCCAUGUAUGGGACCAUCAUCACCUUACAUCUGGUCCCAAAUCCAUUCUAGAAAUACGAUUUUAUUGCGGCAUGACCAAACUAUUGGUAGAGUCCUUGAACGGAAAACUAUACAUGCAAUACAAGGGCCUAUAUUACAAUACAUUUAUGGCCAUUAGGCUCGACACGGAUAACCCUGAAUUCAACCCUGAGGAUGAUCUCGGGGACAAUGUCAUUUUCGUUGAUUCAAAUACCUCAUUUUCCGUCUCUGCAACAAAAUUUCCAGAGCUUGGAGGGAACUGCAUCUACUUCACAGACGACGCCUACUUUGACUUUGACCACCUCAAACACAAGCCACGUGAGAUGGGUGUGUUUGAUGUGAAGAAUGGGAGCAUGAAGCCUAUACCCAAUCUUCGACAGCGCUUGCAUUGGCCUCCCCCUAUAUGGAUCAUUCCUACCUGGCUUGUACACACCAUAGCGUACAUCAAACUGCCAACUGCACUAGCGUAA